UCUACCAAAAAUCUGCACUCACUCCUUCUACUAAUCUGCCAUCUUCUUCUUCUUCAACUCAAAGCUGACUCAGAAUGCCAAAAAUCCUACCCCUGCAGAAAUUUCACCCUCGAAUUCCCCUUCACUGAUAUAAAACACUCCAAAUGCGGAUUAAUCCCAGUCAAUUGCAGCCUCCCUCACAAAAAUCCAUUAAUCUACCUGCGAGAAUAUCCUAUGGAUCUGCUUGGGAAAGUUUCAGACAACAAAUUUCUGAUCCACGAUUCUGUUCUAGAAAACAACUUCAAUGGCAACAGCUGUAAUUCCUUCUCAAACGUAACGCUACCAAAAUCUCCUUCGAUCUCGUUUUCCUACUCUCCUAAUCUCACCACCUUCAACUGCUUCAAUCCGAGUCCAACAGUUGUAGAUUACUUCAAGCACUACGAGAAUAGAACCUGCGAUAUAUUAGACAUUUAUUACAAGCUAGAACCGGCUGAGGAAGCUCCUGUAGUAAAUGAUGAUGUUCUACCAGGAUCGGGAUGUACAAUGAAUCAAAUGCCGAUUAGGUCUGGGCAAGGAUUUCCUGGUGAGGUGUUUGAUUUGUUUAGUCCGAAUUUCACUCUAGAGUGGAAUUUGUCUGAAGAUUGUUAUGAAUGUUAUGAGCGAGGAGGGCAGUGUCUCACUAACGAAAGCAAUCGGUUUUACUGCCGUAGAGAACGAGGAAACACGAGACUUAAGAUACUUUUCAUAGGUGGUAUUACCAUAGCCUCUCUUGCAUCCCUUCUGAUAAUAGUAUUCCUUUUCAUUCGGAGGAAGCGUGCAAAGGCAAGGCAAGAUCGUGAUAGAGACAUCGAACUCUUUCUAAAGGACAAUGGGAAUCUUGUACCAAUGAGAUACAAAUACUCCAGCAUCAAGAAAAUGACCAAUUCAUUUACUGAAAAUUUAGGAAGAGGAGGAUUUGGCAGUGUUUAUAAAGGACAAUUUCCUGACGGUCGUCUUGUGGCAGUGAAAGUCUUAAAUGACUCAAAUGGAAAUGGGGAAGAUUUCAUGAAUGAGGUGGCCAGUAUUAGCAGAACUUCCCACGUUAAUAUUGUCACGUUGUUAGGGUUUUGUUUUGAAGGUUCGAAAAGAGCUCUCAUUUAUGAUUUCAUGCCAAAUGGUUCUCUUGAAAAGUUCAUUGGCAACAAUGCUUCCUCAUCUCAAGAGUCUACGUUGGGAUGGGAUAAAUUGUUUGAGAUCACUCUUGGGAUAGCUCGAGGGCUCGAGUACUUGCAUCAAGGCUGUAAUACAAGGAUUUUGCAUUUGGACAUCAAGCCUCAAAACAUACUUCUAGAUAAGGACAUGAACCCAAGGAUUUCAGAUUUUGGGCUUGCUAAAAUGUGUCCAAACAGGUCGAGUAUAGUCUCCAUGUUGGUGGCAAGAGGGACAAUAGGGUACAUUGCCCCUGAAGUGUUUUCGAGAAACUUUGGAGAUGUCUCUUAUAAGUCUGAUGUGUAUAGUUACGGAAUGUUGGUUUUGGAAAUGGCUGGAGGAAAGAAGGCCAUUGAUCCAAGAGAUGUCGAACAUACAAGUGAAAUAUAUUUCCCAAAUUAUCUCUACAAGGAAGUUGAGGGCAAUGCAGAAAGAGAUGGGAAUAUUUUCGAAGCAAUGAAUGAAGGAGUUGAAAGCCAACCUGUGAAGAGAAACAUGAUCAUUGUUGGGUUGUGGUGCAUUCAGACAAACCCUAAAGAUCGACCGUCGAUGACAAGGGUGGUAGAGAUGUUGGAAGGGAAGCUUGGAUCAUUGGAGGUUCCUUCUAGACCUUACCUUCAACCAUCCCCAAGAGCAGCCCCAGCCUAUUCAACUUCUGAAUCUUUAUAGUAGUUUGCUCUUGAAUUUGUAUGGUAAUUAUGUGAAAUUUUAAUGUAGAAAUGUUGUACCUUCAUCCAACACUAAUCAGGAUUAGCAUUUGUUUUCAUAAAUAUUAGCUAUACA